AUGGAAAACGAAAAGAAAGCCACAAAGGUAACCAUGACUGAAGAAGAAUUUCUGAAUAAUCUUGUAAAUAUAACAUAGACUCACUGGGCAGGAUUCACUCCAGAAGAAAUCGCAGAUAAAUUAUCAAUCUCAAGAUUAGAAGUUUGUUUGGAAUCCCUCGAUACCAUGCACUACAUAAGCUCGUUUGAAAACCUCAAAAGCCUAACUUUGGUCGCCUUAAACAUCGAAAGAAUAGAAGGGCUAAACCGUAUGGUUUCUCUAGAAGAAAUUUGGCUGAAUCAGAACCAUUACAUUACAUUACAUUAGGACUUAUAAGUUUUAACGUCCAUUACGGGGUAGACUUUCUCCCAGGUCUGCCGCUUACCUUUCGCCGCAUCGGGCCUACAAGUUGCUGGGACAACUCGCUUCGAUCACCAGGGUGCGCCUAGGGCAAACGUCACCGGCUUCGACGGUUCAUGAGUGAGCUACUUGCUUGUGGACAUGGGAUACUUUUUCGAAAACCCAAAACAUGGAUUUUCUGGUCAGCUCUCGGCAAAAAGGAAAAACAGGUAGCCCGAGACGUAACGCCCGGCUUCACGCUAGGGAGUUGCCCGAUUGGUCCUAAGGACUUUGCUGAGCUUCCCCUUUCCAACUUCCGUGCUCUCCUUCCCCAUGAGGAAAAAAACAUUCCUGAAAGUAGACUUGGGCCAGGCUCUGAACAUAACCAGAAUUGCUUACCUAGCAUUGUCGUCCAUCUCUGAAAUGGCAAAACCUUGACGGAUAUAACUAAAAUAUGAGUCGAGGCUGCAUGGCUGGGAGGCCAUGCCCAGACGAAGACGCCUUAUUUUAAUUUAUGGCUGAAUCAGAACCAAAUUAGCAAAAUUGAAGGGUUUGAGUUCAAUGUAAAUUUGAAAAGGAUGUUUCUAUCAAACAAUAAUAUAGAAAUAAUCGAAGGACUUGAUAACUUGGAAAAUCUUGAAGUCCUUUGGCUAAAUGAAAAUAAAAUACAAAAUCUUCAAGGACUGGGAAGCUUGAAAAAUCUGCAACAGCUGUGAAUAGGGCAAAACCAGAUUGCAAAAAUUGGGUCUGAUUUGUCACAGCUGAGGAAACUGGAAGACCUGAAUAUUGCAGGAAAUUGUAUUGGGAGCUUUAAAGAAGUCCUCUGUUUAACUUCAUUGCCAGCAUUGACGAUCCUUGCUUUAAAUGACCCUCAUUUCAACGAAAACCCAGUAUGCAAUUUAUGCAAUUACCAAACAUAUAUGAUUUUUCAGCUCCCUCAGCUAAAAAAACUUGACACCUUCUUGAUAUCAGAAGAAGCCCAAAACUACGCUGAAGCUACUUUCAUGAAGAAAAAGAUGUACUACAAUAUGAGAAUCAAAACCAUCAAGAGGACUUGCUCAAAUAUUAAGCUUGCCCUUAUCGGUUCCAUGCUAAAUGACAGUGCAUUUUUAAUAGUGUACAUUUAUCGAAGUACAUUGGUUGAAAAUUUUAAAAUAGUGUGGCAUUUUGCCAAAUUUGAAGGUUUUUUAUGUCUCACUAUCAAAAAGUUUUAACCAAUUUUCGACCAAAUGCACACUAUCAAAAGUUCACGAUCAUUGAACCUGUACCCCUUAUCAAGCUUGUCCAAAAAUUCCAAACACAUGUAUUUUCUCACAUGGCUCCAAUAGAAGAAGACUUGAAUAUGGCUGAGCGUGAACUUGACGAAAGAAAAAGUUCAAAACCUAUAAGAAACGUAUAUACUUAUGGAGAAGCCGAACUCCCAAUAAACCCACUUGAUUCAGUAAAUCAAGAAGAACUUAAAGAAUUGUUAGAAAGAAAAGUAGCUAGACGAAAAGAUGAAUUAAGAGAAGCUAAUAGUGACUUAUUAACAGUUGAUAAAAUCAGCAGAGCUCUGCACAGUAAAGCUGACUAUAUGUGCAAAGAAAAUAUUUCAAGACUAAUCACAGAACUUGAAACAGGUGGAAACAUCAGGUUUGAAGAAGGUAAAACUACAGACAAUUGGUAUACAAGCUGCGUCGAUUUAAUGCUUUCUAGGUAUCAAGGACCUCCUCAAAUCAAAGUUACAAGAGUUACCAGAAUUCAUAACAGAUAUUUAAGAAACAGAUUUGAAGAAAGGCUUGAGACUGUCGCAGAUACAACUGAAUCUGCUUAUAAAAGGAACUUGGAGUAUUUAUUUUAUGGAAUUGAUUCAAAUGCGCCUAACGAGCUCAAUAGAGUUAUGGAAGAAGGUUUCAGAACUCCUGGGGAAUACAAAGAGCUAGGUCUCCCUGCUUGUGUUCCUCUCGUAAACUCAGUGCAUACAGCUGAACUGUCGAGAUUGAUGUGCGUUGACUCAGACCUUGACACUAUUUACCGUCCUUCAGGUCAAAUUCUUAUUUGUAAAGUUUAUAUUGGAGACGGGGUAGAAGAUACAAAAGUCCCUACUUAUAAAGCUAGAAUGACUGUGGCAGACGUUUGGGAACAAUCACCAAUUUCGAAGCCAGAAAACAGUUGGGCCGCAUAUCGACAAAGAGAUGACGACCCUAAAAAUAAGAUAUGGUUUAUUUUUGACAACCAUAUUGUCCUACCGGAGUACCUUGUAGAAUUUGAAUAUACUCAUAGCGAAUUAUCAGCAGCUCCUGCUGAACUAGAGUGGCUAGAGAUGAGCGAACUCGAAAAAUCUGACUUGAAUGCUUUUUCUGCUUCAUUGACUGCUUUUAUGGAACUAUGCAACGACGAUUCUGACACCUAUUUUGAGCAGAUCUCUCCUGAUAUACCUACACGAUCAACACUUGACGAUAUUAAUGAAGAAAUAAUGCGUGCCAUUUCUGGCGAACCAUCUGCUUCAAAAAUCACUUCACUGAAUCUAUCAUUGAAUAACAUGAUUUCUCUGCAAAACCUUGGAUUUGCUUCUAAUCUUGAACGGCUCUGCUUGAAUUUUAAUAUGAUUGAGUCUUUAGAGGAUUUGAGGAAUCUCAGGAAUCUUUCUCAUUUAGAGAUCAGCCAUAAUAAUAUAAAAUCUGUAGAAUAUGUGGGUUUCUUGAAAAAUUUGGUGACUCUUGAUAUUUCGCAUAAUGUUAUUGAUGAUAUUCGGUGCUUGUUUAACUUUGAAAGUAAUAAAAGACUUACAACUUUGGUUAUGAUCGGAAAUGAGGUUUCUCUGCACUCUCGUUAUAGACAAGUAGUUUUUAUAAAUGUACCUAGCCUGGCAGAGCUAGAUUAUGAACCUGUUUCAAGGGCAGAAAAAGAAUUGUAUAGCAAUUCUAAUCAAGCGAUUAAUAUGGACGUUAUCAGAGCCCAUUAUUUAACGGAUUCAAGCUUUUUGCUGUCUGAGACCUCGCACUUUGAGACUUUGUCAACGAAGGCUUUGAUGGAUUGGGUUGCUUCAGCUGAAAAUAUUCGGUUGGACAGUGAAAAGUUGACAUCACUGUCAGGAAUAGAGCAAUUCUCAAACUUGAGAAAGCUGUCAUUGAUUGGAAACAUGAUUCAAGAAAUCAACUUUAUUGAUAGAUGCCCACUGUUGGAAGAAUUGAGCUUAGAAGACAAUAUGAUUUCCAAAAUUGGAAACCUUAAUAGACUUAUUUAUUUGAAAAAACUCGAUUUAGGAAGAAAUUUCAUAGCUCUCCCCUUAAGAAGUUUUUUUUAAAAUAUUUGAUAUAAAAAUAUAUAAAUACUUUUUGGAUUCGCAAAUUAUUUUUAAAGAAAAAUCUUAUUCAAUUUUAUAAGUAUAAAAAUGCAAUCUCCUUAAAAUUUUAUAAAAUUAGUCAAAGAUCUCAUUUAAUAAAUAAUAUUAAAAUUUUUUUCAAGCAUUUAAAUGGGUCAGAGUAAGCUUAAACUUAAAUUAUAGAUCUUGGCUUGCUCGCCUAUUGGCAAUGCAGUCGCCAAGAAUCUCCAGGGAGAUUUAUCCUCUUUGUGACGAUGACAGGGAGAACUUGCUUGAGUUGGGAUGAUGAUUCCGCUGGAAAAUUGAGAGAUCUUACUUACUUAGUUACAUAGUUUUUAAGGUGUCUAGUGCCCACACCCCUUAAUGAAAAAGGGUCAAAGCGACAACUAGUGACGUCACCAAGCCAUCUUGGAAUAUGUGGUCAGCCCACACCCAAGCCUUCUAUGAGGCUAGUCGCCAGAUAAAUCGCCGCACAUCUCACCCGGCGCGUUGCCGUCGCUCGUCCAGACUCAGCUCCUGCGCGUGUUCCGCCUAAGGGUCAUCCUCCCGUGGGGACGUGCUGAGAGGUAAAACUCCGAAAUCUUGAGUGCACUGAGGAGUCGUGCCUUUGGUUAUCCCCAAAGUUAAACGACUAUUGCUGUGCAGAAGUUCUCGAGAGAAAACCCAACCCCAUAAAAAUAAAAUUCCAUGAGGGAGAGAAAAUUGGCAGAGCCAAUUUCUCUCGAACCGAAUGCCAUUUUAUUUAUGGAAAAUUGAGAGAUCAGAAACCACAUUUCCUCUUAUUCACCGUCUGAUGCCAUGGCACUUGUGAAGUGGAGCUCUAUAUCUUGCAUCCUCCUUGCCUUGCCAGCUCCAGUGUUGUGCGGGAAGUCUAUGAAUUUCUGCAGCUUGCUACUUAGGUUGAAAGAAGGUUGUCCGCAUAAAAAUCCCAAAAAAUGGAAUUUCUGGACGACUAUCGGCAAAAAGGAAAAAUUUAGAGCCUGGGGCGUAGCUCCAGUUUCACGCAGGAAGUUACCCAAAUGUCUAGGCGUUGCUUUUAGAAAUACUUGGCUUUUCUUUUCAAUUCUGAACCUAUCUUUUCCCUCGACUGAAAACCAGGACUAGGUUUAGGCUCGAAACACUACCAGAUUUGAUUUCCUAGAAUCGCUGCCAAUUUCUGGGAAAGCAUUACCGGAUAUAAAUAAAAUGUGCUCGAGGCUGCAUUGCUGGAGGCAAUGCCUGGUCAUAGGCGCCAUUUUAUUUAUGAUUGAGAGUAAGCAGAGUAGAAGGACUAGAGAAGCUUGAGUGCCUAACUCAGUUAUCUUUGGAAGACAACUUGAUCAAUUCACUUGAAGGAGUUGAAGAGCUUCAAGGAAUCAUGGAACUCUAUAUUGGAAAUAACCGAAUCCAGUCUCUCAAAGACAUAUUACUAUUGAGAGAUCUUCCAAAACUGAUAAUCCUCGAUGUAUCUGGCAAUCCUCUAGCAAAAGAGCAGAGUUCAAGGCUUUAUAUCAUUUUUCACUUAAAAAAGCUGAAAGUUCUAGAUGGAAUCGGAAUUGAGCAAGCUGAGCAGUCUUAUGCAAGAGAUGAGUUUGGAGGAAGACUUUCUGAAGACUUAUUAGAAAGCAGACUUGCAGGACUCAGAAAAUCAGAAAUCAGAAGCCUUGACCUUUCAUCAGCCAAGCUCAGAGCUUUUGAUGACAUGUUUACAGGAGAAAUCUUCCCAUUGCUUAUUGAAAUAAACCUAUCAGACAAUCAAAUUCAGACUUUAAGAUGCUUUGGAUUGAUGCCUAAUCUUAUCAAGCUACAGCUCUCUAAGAACAAGCUAGAAUCUUUGCAUUCGAUUGAUGGCAAAGGUCUCCAAGGGCUUCCCAAUCUUGAAACUCUUGAUGUCUCAUUCAACCAGCUUCAGAACUUAUCUGGGCUUCAAAACUGCAAGCUUCCAAACUUAAAAGUCUUAAUUUGUGCCCAUAAUCGGAUAGAAAGCAUUGAAUAUUUAGACAACUUGACAAACUUAAGAGAAUUGGAUCUAUGUGCCAACAAUAUCAAGCAGAUCGACCCAACAUCGUUUCCAUCUGCAUUGUCUUUGCGAUAUUUAAGACUUGAUGAGAAUAAAAUAAGAGUGAUUUCUAACUUGAAUGGGCUGGUCAAGCUUCAAUGUCUUCAGCUUAUUUCUAAUAGAAUCAGCGACUAUAUAGAACUAGAAAAAUUAAGAGAUCUACCGACUUUGAUGGAAUUGGCACUGUCUAAUAACCCUAUAACGAGAAAAUUACCUUAUAGAAUAAGUGUGAUCAAGAGGCUUCCUCAAUUAAUGUUCCUAGAUGGUCAAGAAGUGCAAGCUGAGGAAAGAGAAAGAGGGGAAAUGGUACAAGAAGUCAAACCUCCUCCUAUGAUUCAUUUGGCUCCUCAGCCUGCCCAAAAGGUGCCAGUGAGGCUGACCUCUGUGAAUGUUGAAGCUGUUUUUGGAAAAAAUGACCCAAAUCCUGCGAAACGGCCAAUUUCAAGCGCUAACUUUGGGAUUGGAUUAGAAGAUGCUAAAUAUUUAAGGUCUCUGCUUCCACGAGUGACAUUCUAACAGCUUCUAAUUAGACUGUGCUGUGGCCUAAGCGAAUUAGGUGGACCUCCAGUAGUACCUCUGACCCGUGCCAAAAACUCUGGUUAAUUGGUAUUGGCUACCCUAUUGGGUCCGCAGACUAUUGCUGAGCAUCACUAUUUAUAACUUAGUUCCUUCGCCUCUAUACGUCAGCCCCUGCCUCGUUCUUCUGGCCAGAUCAGUCUAUUUAAUGGACACUUUACUGAGGUACCGCUUCGUAUCAUCUAAUUUCCCUCUCUUAUCUCACGUCAUCCUGGAAAUACUCAACCGCGAUUCGGGGCAAACUGCAGUCGCAGCUUGUGCAUAAGUGCCUUGCUCUAUUUCGGGCACCCAUGGCUUGGUGCUGCUGUUGGGAAAAAAGAAGUCUAAAGUAAACUACUCAUCGUGCCAGGCCACAAAACAGCGGAUUUGUGCCUUAGUCCCUCUCUUUUGGAUGCCAGAUGCUGCUGGUCUAACUCAUGGCUCCAAAACCAUGUCCUGAUAUGCAUAGAUAACCAUCUCUGAGAGGACAGUCGAACGUCAUAAGCCAUUUUAGUAUACUCUACCUUUGGGAUACUUGGAGUUACACCUAUCAACUCCCACCUCAAAUCAAAGAACCAAAAGCAAAAGAAGUAA